UGCAGGUGUCUUCUCUUCCUCUCUGGGUCCCCGGCAGCGCCAGACACUGUGUGGGCAGCCGAGGGAGCGCCUUUGUGCCUGGCUGGGGUGAGGCUGCAACGGCCCCUUGUACGCCCUGGUCCAUUGUCUUCCCGGCUGGUGCCACCCGGGCGGCUGUAGGGCCGGGCCAGGUUGACACAGGCAUCCCAGGCGCACCGUGGGAGAUGAAGCUCCCGAAGCCGUGGUGGGCUAGCGGCGGCCUCCUGCACCUCACGCUUCUGUUGAGCUUGGUGGGACUCCGUGUGGACCUGGACCUCUGCCUGCUGCCGCCGGUCGCCGCACUUUGGGAAGAGCUGCUCCCAUUCUGCCCCACCCGCCCCGCUUCGGCUUCUAACCCCUUCUCGGCCUCAGAAGGCUGGGGACGCACCCCCCUGCUACCUGCCAAAGGCCGGCUGCUGCACGAAGUGCGCGCGCUCGGAGUCCCCUUCAUCCCUCGCACCCGCGUGGACGCGUGGCUAGUGCACAGCGUGGCGACUGGGGACGCAGACGGGACCCACGGGCUGCUCGGCACCGCCGCCUCGUCGGCCGUGGGAGACGGCGGCCAUUCAGCAUCCGCGGGCGGCGGGGACCCCCGAGAAGCUCAUAGCAGCCCUCUGGCCGCCGAGGAGGAGGAGGAGGAGGAGGAGGAGAAGGCGGCAGAACCGACGGCGCAGGUGCCAGAUGCAGGCGGACGCGGGAGCCAGGAGACUGAGGUGCUAAGAGAAAAGAGCGAAGCUGUGGACCACAGUUCCCAGCAGAAGGAAAAUGAGGAAGGAAUGUCAGCCCAGGCAACGUCACGGCAGCAGAGGAAGAGAGAGGAAAACAAAAUGACGGGCGCAUCUGCCUGGGAAGCCGAGAAGAUUGUUGAGGCUAGGAAUGAGAGCCAUCUACAUUGGUCAGAUACAUCUUUCUCUCUGGAAGACUUAUUCCAGCUCCUUUCAUCACAGCCUGAACAUUCUCUAGAGGGCAUCUCAGUAGAAGACAUUCCGCCUUUUCUGAGCAGUGUCUGUGAAAGUGUGAAUCCCUCAAUACACAACAUAAAUCUGAACCAAGCUAUAAGCCAUGAUGUCAAUCUUCAUGAAGCCAUGCUGUUGUGCUCCAACAACACAUCUAGAAGAGAUCCAUCAGCAAGAUCUUCACAGGCACAAGAACCAUUUCUGCAGUUAAAUUCUCCUACCAGUCCCCAGCAAGCCAUUCCUGCAAUGUCUCUUCCACUUGCUAACAAUCAAAUGAGGAACCUAUCAAGCCAAGACCUCCUGUAUGACCUUGAUUCAAAUAUAUUUGAUGGAAUAAACCUAAUGUCAUUGGCCACAGGUUUCAGUCCAUUGGAAGUUUCCCCACUUUUUGAAGAACCAGAUUCUGGUGUCUCAUUAAGUUCAAGUUACAACAGCACCUCUCACCCCAACUCUUACUGUACUUUUGAUGGGGCCAAUUUAGGUGCUAUAGGAGGCUGCUACCCAGAACCCCGUAAACAUUGUCAUGUGGACCAUAGGACUGUAUCUGGCUUUCAUGGGGCUCUUGAAUGUCACCAAGUAUUUCAUGACCAUACUUACCAUUUACAAUCAGGUGUACCAGAGGCCACAUCUGAAACUUUUACAUGGACUGGAAAGUCACAGAAAAUCAGUGGGUGUUUUGAUGACCCAGACAGAAACUUGAGCCGUGAUGAAGAGCGCGCUAAAGCUAUGCACAUUCCCUUUUCUGUAGAUGAAAUUGUCCACAUGCCUGUUGACUCUUUCAACAGCAUGUUAAGCAGAUACUACCUGACAGACUUACAGGUUUCUCUCAUCCGUGAUAUCAGGCGAAGGGGAAAAAAUAAAGUUGCUGCUCAGAACUGCCGUAAACGUAAACUAGACAUCAUUUUAAAUCUAGAAGAUGAUAUAUGUAACUUGCAAGCAAAGAAAGAAGCCCUUAAAAGUGAGCAAACUCAAUGGAACAAAGCUAUCAACACAAUGAGACAGAAGCUAUAUGACCUUUACCACGAUGUUUUUAAUAGGUUAAGAGAUGACCAAGGUAGACCAGUCAACCCAAGCCACUAUGCACUUCAGUACAGCCAUGAUGGAACUGUUUUGAUUGUACCCAAAGAACUGGUCUCACCAGGACACAAAAAGGAAGUCCCAAAGGUAAAGAGAGAAAGAAACUGAAUAUAGCUUUAGUGACCAGCGUCACAAACUGUAUUAAGAUUUUUAAAGUACUGCUACUUGAAUCAUUCAAUUCUGAUGUUUAGAAGUCAAAGUUUUGCUCCUGUCAAGUUGGGAGAACCCACACAUUUUCAUGUACCAUUCCUACAUGAUUCAUAAAAACCUAUGUGAAGGAAUCUCGAAGAACUACAGCCACCUCUUAAUAAGGUGGUCACCUGAAAAAAA